AUGGGGGGCGAGACAUCUACUCGCGCUACCUCGUCGUACCCAAGACUCAGCGCUCAUCCUGUUGGACAAAAGAUCCAGAGCAUCUAUACUGACCGCUUACGACAAUUCACAUCCGGUGGCCAAUACGAAAAGGAGAAUCUUCUCUCCAAGCUCUAUCACAAUGCCUGCGAUGACGAAGACCAUGUCAAGCUCUCGGUCUACUCUCCUCCAAAUCUCACCAGACCGACUUUUCACGAUGCCACUUCUCACACCUUUCGCCCAACACAUCGCGGCGAAUCCUUCGGACCAGCUUGGUCUACCCAUUGGUUCAAGAUUCAACUCACCGUGCCUAAACACAUGCGAGAUGGAGAACAUCUAGAGUUCCAUUGGGACGCAGGCAAUGAAGGCAUGGUAUGGACAGAGGAUGGGAAUCCUCUACAAGGCCUUACUGGUGGAGACCGGGUUGAAUGGAUUCUGCCCACGAGCUGGCGGGAUGGCAAAGAGCACAUCUUCUACAUAGAGAUGGCGUGCAACGGAAUGUUUGGCAACGCCCCAGGGGGUGACAGUAUUCAACCCCCAGAUCCAAACAAACACUACACACUUUGGAAGGCGCAGAUUGUGGAUGUCAACCUUGCCGCUCGUCAGCUGUACAUCGACUUUUGGAUCAUCGGCGACGCUGCUCGGGAAUUUCCUGGAGACAGCUGGGAAAAGCAUGAAGCCCUGCAGAUCUGUAAUCAGAUCAUGGACACCUUCAUAGCCGGUAAUGGAUCGGCUGCCUCGAUCAAAGAGGCUCGCAAAAUCGCCCAAAACUAUAUCGGCAAGAAUGUCGAUUCAGCCAAGGUCUAUGACUCGGACGGGAAGAGCAUCGUCUACGGAAUUGGACACUGUCACAUUGAUACGUGUUGGCUAUGGCCGUGGGCCGAGACAAAGCGCAAAGUUGCCCGAAGCUGGUCCAACCAGUGUGACUUGAUGGACCGAUACCCGGAACACCGGUUUGCCUGCAGUCAAGCACAGCAGUACAAGUGGCUGAAGAUGUAUUACCCAUACGUCUUCGACAGAGUCAAAGCCAAAGUCAAAGAAGGGAGAUUUCAUCCAAUAGGUGGGAGCUGGGUCGAGCAUGACACCAACAUGCCCAGUGGUGAGUCCUUGGUCAGGCAAUUCCUGUAUGGCCAACGGUUCUUCGAGAGCAACUUUGGCGAAAGAUGUCAAACCUUCUGGCUUCCCGACACUUUCGGCUAUUCUGGCCAGCUCCCACAGAUAUGCCGUCUCGCGGGAAUGACGCGGUUCUUCACCCAGAAACUCAGUUGGAACAAUAUCAACAACUUCCCGCACACCACUUUCAACUGGGUGAGUUUAGACGGUAGUCAAGUCAUCUGCCACAUGGCUCCCAGUGAGACGUACACGGCAGAUGCUCACUUUGGAGACGUCAGACGGAGCGUCACUCAACACAAAAGCAUGGACCAGGACAACACCUCUCUGCUCGUCUUUGGCAAGGGGGAUGGAGGAGGCGGACCCACCUGGUCGAUGCUGGAGAAGCUGAGGAGAUGCCGUGGUCUGAGCGACACGGUCGGACUACUCCCCCGAGUGCACAUGGGAAACACCGUGGACGAUUUUUAUGCAAACAUCGAGAAGAAAGUGGCAGAAGGCACCGAGCUCGUUACAUGGUAUGGCGAGCUCUACUUUGAACUGCACCGCGGCACGUACACGACACAAGCCAACAACAAGCUCAAUAACCGGAAGCAGGAAAUCAUGUUACACGACGUCGAAUAUCUGGCAACUUUGGCGAGCCUGAAGAGCAAGAGCUACAAAUACCCCAAGAAGGAGAUUGAUGAGAUGUGGGAGAACGUGCUCCUUUGCCAGUUCCACGACUGCUUGCCUGGCAGUUCCAUUGAGAUGUGCUAUGAUGACUCGGACAAACUUUACGCCCACAAUGCGAAAGUGGGAGAAAAGGUAAAGGAAGAGGCACUCACGGUCCUGGGCUUGUCUCAGCACCUUAAAGCUAACGCCGAGCUUGCGGCCUUCAACACCACCCCCUGGAAACGUUCGGAGCUGGUCAGGAUCCCACAUGCCAAUGCAAAGUCGCAAGAGCAGAUGUAUACUUAUGUAUCCGGCGGGCCGGGUGUUUGUAAGACGCAUGCCGCUUCGGCGAUCCAAUCGACAGCGUCCAUUGAAGAAGUGCGGAAGGGUGUCUUUGUCUUGAAGAACAGCAUAUUCCAGGCAGAGGUGGAAGCGGGGUGCAUCACGUCAUUGAUUGACCUGAGAGCCAACCGAGAGGUGAUUGCUAAGGGAGGCAAGGGCAAUCAGCUGGUGAUAUUCGACGACAAGCCUUUGUACUGGCAAGCUUGGGAUGUGGAGGUUUUCCAUCUCGACUCCAGGAAAGAGCUAAAAUCGGACGCAUCAGAGAUUGUCGAGCAUGGACCGUACAGGGUGAGCGUGGCCACCAAGACUCAGGUGAGUAAAGACAGCUGGGUCAAGACCACCAUCAGCCUCGACGCAUGCGACAGCCAGACCCAGGCCGGGUAUCUAUCGGUUGAAGCUGAAGUGGAAUGGCAUGAGAACAUGAAAUUCCUCAAGGUAGAAUUUCCAGUGGAUGUGGUCAACACGGAAGCAAACUACGAGACGCAAUACGGAAUCAUUCGCCGCCCGACACACUACAACACAAGUUGGGAUAUGGCCAAGUUCGAAGUGUGCUGCCAUAAAUUUGCUGAUCUUUCAGAGGCCAAUUAUGGUGUGUCGAUCCUGAACGACUCCAAAUACGGCUUUGCGACCUGUGGCAACCUUAUGCGUCUAUCACUGUUGCGGGCCCCCAAAGCACCUGAUGCACACGCCGAUAUGGGCCGUCACCACAUCAAGUGGGCAAUCAUGCCUCACCAAGGCGCGCUGAGCAGCGACACUGUCCGAGCGGCCUACAACUUUAACCAUCCAAUGACAUUAGUGUCGGUCGUGGACGAUAGGCCUCCUAAGGAGUUGUUCAACGCCGUGGGCCUCACCGGCGCGCCAUCACUGAUCCUGGACUGUGUCAAGCGUGGAGAAGACGACGAAGACGUCUCCCGAGGGGAACUCACCCAGCGAAAGGGACAGAGCGUGAUACUAAGGAUUUACGAGAGCAUGGGGGGCAAGAGUCGCGGAGUGAUUGAGACGACCCUGCCAGUGAAGAAGGUGUAUGAAACCAACGUGCUGGAGGACGACGGCAAGCAACUGGACAUGUCCGGGAAGAACAAGAUCAGUAUCCCGAUUGAAUUGCGCGCGUUUGAGGUCAAGACCUUCAGGUUGCAGCUGUAG